AUGGUCGAUACAUCAUCCUUCAAGCUUGGUUGGUUAGUAAACGAUACAUCAUCCUUCAAGCUUGGUUGGUCAGUAAACGCUGUUAUCAAAUUCUUUGUAUUGGAUCAAAACCAUAACAAAUAUUAUACUACCCCAGGCCCAGAUUCUGUAAUGCGAUUUCAUUCUCUAAGACAACUACAUGGCAUAGAUAGAUUCAUUGAUCUAUCUUCUUUUCAACUUCCUUCCAACGGAUACCUAGUUAACGACAAAUGUGUGUUUGGUACUGAGGUUUUCAUUAUCAAACAAGCUCCCAAAGUGGAGAUGUUGAUUUUACAGGAUAAAGACUCUAGUUUUACUACUGGCUCCCACACUUCGAAGAAGAUCAGACUUUACCCCAAUGGUAAUGAUGAUGUAGAAUCGGAUAGUGUCUCGGUCGCUCUAAUCCUGCAUGAUGAGUUGACUCUUCCAAAAAAUUCCACUCUCUAUGUCGAGUAUAAGAUUUGCUUAUUAAGCAAGGCAAAGUCGGAAAACAUCGAUUUUACUGGUUAUAAUUACUUUAAUGCUUUGUCUCCAUCUUCGGACUUCAAUGAUCUUUUGGACGUGAAAGAAUUUCGAGAUGUGAAAAAUGGAUAUUUGGUGGAUAAUUCAUGCACUUUUCGAGUUGAAGUUACCAUUCUAGGGUUUCCAAACCCAAAUUUGGGUUUGGAGAAGAGAAAAUUUGCAGAAAAACUAAAAAUGCUGGUGAGUUUGCAGGUGGGUUGGAGAGCUAAAACCUAUUAUAAAGAUGAGUUUGCAGGAAGAGAUUAUCCGCCAGAGCACUUCACUCUAAGAAUAGAGUCUUUCUCGCUCAUGGUUAAAUCCUCGAUACAUGAAUACGUUUCCGAUCAAUUUCAAGUUGGGGACUACAAAUGGAAAUUGCACAUACAUCCCAAUGGAAAAAAGGAGAAGGGAAGUAAGGGUUACAUCUCCCUAUAUUUAGAGUUGGUUGAUACAUCAAUAUCCUUCGAGCUUGACUGGUCAAUAAAUGUUGUUAUCAAAUUCUUUGUAUUGAAUCAAAACAAUAACAAAUUUUAUACAACCCCAGGCCCAGAUUCUGUAGUGCUAUUUCAUCCAUUGAGCAAACUAUCUGGCAUCGAUAGAUUCAUUGAUCUUCCUACGUUUGAACUUUCUUCCAAUGGAUACCUUGUUAACGACAAAUGUGUGUUUGGUACUGAGGUUGGCAAAUGUAAUAGUAUAUCGGUCUAUCUUUUCUUGAUCGAGUCUCUUCCAAACAAUAUCAAAGUCUAUGUCAAGUAUAGGAUUCGGUUAUUAGACAAUGGAAAUUUGAGUAAGUUUGAUUAUACGGAUUAUAGUUACUUUGAUGCUACGUCUCUUGGUCGGGUACUGUUCGUCGCAUUGGAUAAACUACAAAACCCUAGAAAUGAGUUCUUGGUGGAUGAUUGUUGCUCUAUUGAAGCACAUGUUACCAUUCUAGGGAUGGUCUACACUACAACAUGA